AUGGCUGAAGCAUCUGAAGCCCCGGGUGGAACUGGGGUUUAUCGACGAGCUUGCGAUCAAUGCCGGGUUCGAAAGAUACGUUGUGACAAGGAGAUUCCCUGCUCCAACUGCGUAUCAGCGCAGAGGAAAUGCAAUUCGAACAGCCUCCUACAGAAACCAAGGGAGACCCGGCAUAGGGUUCUCAUUUCUCAUCAAUAUGAACGCAAAAUCGACAGCUUCGAAGCCCGUUUCAACGGGAUUGAAGAGCUCCUCCGCAAUCUCACUACAUCUAUCAACUCCAACAAUGGUUCAAAACCCAACACAGCGUCGACAACUGCAGAGCCCAGGCCAGUCUACAACGAGCCACGGCCGCCGUCAUCAGAAGGGGACAAACAACCCCAGCAAGAACCAUUCGAGGGCAACUCAUCCAUGACAGCACACACAGUCUUUGCAAGCAACUUUCUCAAACAGGCCGUGACAUCCACCCCGCUUGGGCGACAGCUGAGUCCGGACUUUCAGAAUGCGCUGGGAUCGCUGCAGCGAAUCGUCCACAGUCAGAACAAGAAGAGCAUCCCGUACGACAGCAAGUUUGCACAUCGGAAACCGCUUCCCAAGGGAGGGUUCAGCCAGUUGCCAUUGCCGCCCACUGAGGUUGUCUUGAAACUGCUGCGGGAGAUUAAGACCGCACCUCCAAUGACAUUUAUGAUGAGCUGUGCAUUCAUCUCUGUCGACGACUUUGUCGAGUCCUGCCGCAAGGUAUUCUUCGCCACCGAAGACUACAGCCUGGAAACAUUCAUUAUCGUGAAUGCCGGUCUGCAUCAUCUGUUUGAGGAAAAGUCGGUCACGGGCGAGUCCAUGAGCGAAGAGUUUGUCAAAUAUCAUUAUCUUUGCAGAGACAACCUCGAGACUGCCUUGGCAAACCUGCCAUUCUUCUUUCAUCCUAAAAAGGAGAUGAUUGAGGCUUUGUUGCUGGGUGUCACAUACUCAAUCGGCAUCUCCAAGUUCACUCUUGCCUGGGAGCUCAACAGCGCGGCAGCAGGCAUGUGCCGGACACUUGGAUGGCAUCGUCUAAGCGAUACAGGGGACGAAAUUAACCAAAAAAACGCGUCUACCUUUUGGUUUUGCUACACACUAGACAAAUCCCUCUCACUGCGGUUUGGGCGGUCGUCCAUCUUCCAAGACUGGGACAUUUCGACACCGCGCCGAUUUGGUAACGGAAAGCCAGACCCGCUACAGGGCUCGCUGGAGACAUGGAUGGAAUCGUCUCGCAUCCAAGGCGACAUGUACGAGCACCUAUACAGCCCCGCAGCACUGUCCCGACCCGCCGAACAGCGCGUGGAAAUCGCACAGUUACUCGUAGUCCGACUCAAGCAGUUAUGGCAGCAGAUGGAAGGGUUCUCGGCAGCGUUGAAGCGCGAAAAACGCGCGAUGGUGGAAGCGCGCGUCCAGGAUGUCAGAGACCAAGAAUGGCGCAUGACGAAUCUCGAUAUGAUGCUCAAGGCUGGCGAGGUUAGCCACUGGACGGCGCUGACGCUGGUGUAUCGCGCGAUACCGAGCGUCCAUAGCAGUUACAAUGCUGAGUGUAUUGAGGCGGCCAGGACGGCGUUUAGGUGUCAUGAAGAAUGCAUGAAUCUGACCUCGAGCAGUCUGUUUGCCAAAAUUGGCUAUCUACACUGGACAAUCCUAUUCACCCCGUUUACCCCCUUCAUCGUACUCUUCUGCCACGUGAUAGAAACCUCCAACAUGGACGACCUAAAACGCCUAGCCCAGUUCGUCACCAGCCUGCUACCAGCCCUCAGCAUGUCACAGCCCGUCGAAAGGCUACACCGGCUGUGUCAGGUUCUGCACCAAGUGGCCGGGCUCUACGUCGAAGCGCGAGCUAAGGCUAAGCAGCAAGACAAAGAAGAGAUGGGUAUGCUUGGCAAUAAUAUUAAUGAUUUUGACAUGUACCUGUCUCAGUUAGGGCUUGUACCGCGGCAGACCACCACCACUACCACCACUACUAGUAGUAGUAGUAGUAGUGGUAGUACAGAUUUCGGCAUGUUGGUGGAUGAUGACGAGUCGGCGCAGCAGUUGGCCGGUUGGUUUUCGGGGAAUAGUCAUGUCAUGGGCUUGAUGGAGGAGGAGGAUCUCUCGGAGUUUCUGCUUGAUGUGCAAUAA